GCCAAAUCGGGCGAGAUGGAAUUCGCUGUGGGGAAACCCGCUGAUGACAGCAGAACCCGCCCGGUUGUGAAUUCCCGGUGCCUCCUGCCACCCCUUUAUAAGGAGGUGGAGGUGCAGCAGGGCUGGCAGGAGCAGCAGGCACAGCCAGGCGCUCACUGGAGCACAGCUGUGUGUGGAGAGGGAAUGACUGGCUGCAGCAGCAAGAGCAUGGUCCUGGUUUCCCUGCUGGGGCUCCUGGCGCUGCUCCUGUGGGGCACCUCGGAAGCACAAAGCAACCAGGAUUGCUGCCUGUCCUACACCAAAGUGCGUCUGCCUCGGUGGGUCCUGAAGGGUUACACUGAACAGCUCCCCAGUGAGGUCUGCGACAUCCCUGCCAUCAUUUUCCACACUGCCAGUGGGCUGAAUGCCUGUGUAAAUCCUAAGGAAGGCUGGGUGAAGAAACAUCUCCUUUUCCUGAGCCACAGGCUGAGGAAGAUGUCAGCCUGACACAGUUUCCAGCACGGAGCUAAACACAGACAUGGCUGAAGAAGCACUGGGCUGAGGCUCCUGGCUGAGGUGGCUUACACACUGCUGUGGGCUCACUCACCUCCAACUCUGGCUUCUUUGGAACCAUGAACUUCUUGAGUUGAUUCAUAUUGCAUCACUGUUUUGCUUGAGUUAAGCAUAUUAAAAUUUCUAUUUUUGCUAAUAUAUUUAUGUUACUAAUAGAUCAUGAGUACUGUUUAGUAAACUCUACCUUGAGCUGUUGUACAGAGUGUGAAUUUUAUGAAGUUUAUUGCAUGUUGGUUUUGUUUUCUUCAGCAUAUGUAAAACAGGUUAUUUAUUCUGUUUAUUUUGUUAUUGUCUUGUGCCAAAAUGUUUUCUUUAAGCUGUAGUUAGCAUUAUAAUACCUCUUGAACUAUUGUUAAACAAAGUCUGUUUGUAGAAAAAAAAUAGUAACUGGAGAUUAAAAAAAAUAAAUGUUAAAAUCAGCA